GUUACCAAUUUAGCUGGAAUUGAAUGGGUACGACGGCAUCUGAAACCACGAGGAAUUAGAGUGCAUCGCUUGAAUUUUGAUGAUCCCCGGCCAAUGCAUAUCGAUGCGACUUUUUCAUUUGUUCGUCCUGGACUAGCCCUGCAAAAUCCCGAUAGACCAUGUGCUCAAAAGCGACGAAUAGAGGAAGCUGGAUGGAAAGUGAUAAAUGUUCCUCCUCCAAUGAUGCCUAAAGUCGGUUAUCCAAAUGUAGUCAUGGGAAAGUGUUCUGGCGGCAAUUCAUACAUGAUGGAAAUCCUCCGACUUGAUCCUCAUAUUACUUUUUCAGUCUGCGCAAAGCCUCAGACGAGAGGAUACGUUCUAAAUAUUAUAUUUAGAAGGUAA